AUGGGAUUGAACCAGUUUUCAGACAUGGAUCACGAGGAGUACGUACAGCACACUUCCUGUGCUAAAGUCGGCAGCAAUGACGGCCCAAUAUACAAGCCAGCUGCUGAUGUUGAUGUUGCCACACUGCCGAAGAGCGUGGACUGGCGCAAAAACGGCUAUGUAACGCCGGUGAGAGCUCAGGGUUAUUGUGGGGCAUGCUACGCAUUUUCUGCGGUCGGAGCGCUUGAAGGCCAACAGUUUAGAAAGAGCGGGAAGCUGGUACCCUUAAGCCCACAAAACAUCGUCGACUGCUCGAAGAAGCAAGGCAACCUAGGUUGUAAAGGAGGUUGGCCAUUCGAUUCUUACAAUUAUGUCAAGCAAAACAAAGGAAUUGACACUGAAAAAAGCUACCCAUACACCGCUCAGGAUCAACCUUGUAAAUUCAGAAAGGAUGGCGUGGGUGCAACUGUCACAAGCAUAAAAAUGAUCAAGAAAGGCUCGGAAAGCGAUCUGCUGAUUGCGGUGGCUACUGAAGGGCCAAUCUCUGUCUGUAUAGAUGCCACACGAGACUCGUUUCACCACUACAAAGGCGGGAUCAUUGAUGAUCCAGGCUGCUCUUCCAGUACGUCAAAUCACUGCGUCCUGGUUGUCGGCUACGGUGAGGAGAGUGGGAAAAAGUACUGGAUAGUGAAAAACAGCUGGGGCGAGGGAUUUGGGCAAAAAGGUUACGCCUACAUGUCUCGAGACAAGAACAACCAAUGUGCCAUCGCUACCUUUGCCGUGUUACCGGUUGUAUAG